AUGCCCUUGCCCCCCAUCUCCGCCAACAGUGCGCCGCCGCCGCGCGCCGCGACCACCGGCCCCCACCCCUCCGCCGCGUGCCGCCACUGCCGGCCAACGCCGCCGCGCCCACCCCUACCCGACGUGCCUCCAUCCCUGCGGUUUUCCACCGCCGGCGACAAUCAAAGCCGGCUCCGCACCUUCCCCAACUCAUCUUUCCCCUGCUCCUCUGUCGCUGCCGCUCUCCAUCGGCCGACCAACUCCCCCGAGUCAGCGCCGCCUCCUCCAUCUGGAGAUACUGCCUGCGGCUCGGCCACCCCAACCCUAGGGCCGACGCCGUGGUCAUCGUCAAGAUCCCCUUCCCCUCUGUCAGCCAUCUUCUCCUCCCCAGCCGACGUCAUCGCCUUCGAGGACGAGGACGACGGUGGUGGCUGCGCGCUUCCCGUCGGCGGAUUCCACCACUACCUCCAGGUUGGGACUGGUGCGCGGGCGUCGACAUCUGUGUGCCCGAGAUCAUCAGAGUUGCAUCAGGCUGGCGCACAUCCUCCGCUACACCCUGACGCUGGAUGCGUCGACCUCAUCCCAUUGCCGCAGGAGAUAGAGGGCCCCCUGGACUGGGAUACCGGCGAGAUGGAGGGCAACUUCAGCGCUGACCAGAGAGCCAAGGUGGUGGUCGUGCUCUACAUGGUGCCCGGCGACCUUAACGGCCAGUUCCACGCCGAGAAGAUGGGCUACCACGAGAUGGUCCUGCUCCGCCCCCAGGGCGCCGCUGAGGUGGUCGUGCUGGCUGCCGAAUUCGAUAAUACUCGUAUUUCAUCCCCUGUGUCAGCUCAUUGGCGGAGUUCUUCUCUACAGAAGAUGAUAGUACACGACAGAACACGCCUGCUUCUAGCAAACUGCUGUAUUGCUUCCCUUGGAGGAAAGUGACGAUCUUUCAAGCCAACAACCAGGGGCAUGAGUUCACAUCUUCAGGUAUGUGUAUGCACAUGAUCGUCUAAAGUAGAUGUUUAUACAUCUCCUGGCCAGUUUGAUAUUUGGUCUCUCAUACUAGGAGUCGUUAAUAAGCUUCAACUAAUGAGAUGGAACGAUAUUGCUUUUUUAAGCACUUAACCACAGGAAGAAACUGUUUUGUGACUAUCGGCAUCAAAUAGAAACGAAUGAAGUAUCGAUACUGGGAAAAUGGAUAAUCAGGUGUCUCUAACAUGUGCUAGCAUAUAUUGUUUGCAUCUCAAGAUGACCCGGUACACAAAUUUUCUUUCUCUGCAGUACGAUGAUCUUAAUAGAUCAGUAACAUGUAUGAGAAACAAUAUGUUUGUUAUUUUGAUUAUCAUGAUGAUCAUCACUUUGUCAGGUA